CCAGCCUCUUAAAACUUUCCAGGACACCUUGGAGCCAUGAAAUCUGGCAAUGUUGCGCCGUCGUUUACGCGGAAAUCUCUUGUUAUGGUAGGGUUGUAAUAGUUCUUCCUGCUCACUGUGACACGGAUACUAUGCUUGAUGAGAGUGAGGUGAAAGGAAAUGGGGUCGCCCAGCUGUUCGUGUGAUUCAACUCGAGAAAAGUUGCAGUUUUGACAGCUGGACCUUGUAUCUCUCCUCUCAGGGACCACACCUACCUCCAGGACUCCAUGUUUAUCUGUGUGAGCCAUAUGGUUUUAGCUGCUGGUGGGACACGGAAGGACUGAAACCCUGCACUCCUGUUGGCACCUGGAUUUUUAAAAAAAAGCAACAAACUCUGAUUGGUAGAUCUUUGGGAUAAUAUUCGCCGUCACUGUGAGGACCAGAGCCUGUGAAGCUUAUGCAUUUUGAGCCGCUACACGUGUGAUUGUUAUUGCAUCGGAAGCAUAUCCAUCUACAGCAGAACCACAAGUACCGCAACCAAGCAGCAAACUGUUAUCAUCAAUAUUUAAUAGCUUCUUAAUGGCUACUGAUGUUUCAUUCUGAUAUAUGAUUGAGCCUCGAAGCCAUUACCAUCAGAUUCAAAUCAGAACUGCCGCAGUGUACAAUAGAUCACUGUUGCUUCAUUAAUUAUUGACACAUCUUUACAUCAUAUUGUUGUUCCACACAUACAAACAUCCAACACAGAGUGACAGUUGACCCUACACUGUUUACUCCACAAGCUCAGGAUGGAGGGGCACAUCUAUGCUACAGGAAUGGCCGCCAAGCUGAGGAGCCAGUGGGAUCGCAAUGAUGGUCUGGGACAGAACCACAAUGCUGUCAAGCUUCUGGGUCAGGACUAUGAGAGUCUGAAAGCCCAGUGCCUCCAGAGUGGGAAGCUGUUUGAGGAUAAUUUGUUCCCUUGUGCUGCGUCAUCUCUGGGAUUCAAUGAGCUCGGCCCGAGAUCUUCCAAGACCCUCGGAACCCGCUGGAUGAGACCCACGGAGUUCUGCAAACGCCCCGAGUUCAUUGUGGAUGGAGCUACACGCACAGACAUCUGCCAGGGAGCUCUGGGGGACUGCUGGCUGCUGGCAGCCAUUGCCUCCCUGACCUUAAACGACAAUCUCCUCCACAGAGUGGUUCCUCAUGGACAGAACUUCGGACAGGGAUAUGCCGGCAUCUUUCACUUCCAGUUCUGGCAGUUCGGUGAGUGGGUGGAGGUGGUGAUCGAUGACCGGCUGCCAGUGAAGGAUGGGAAGCUGCUUUUCGUCCACUCGGCAGAGGGGACUGAGUUCUGGAGUGCUCUGCUGGAAAAGGCCUAUGCUAAGUUGAAUGGCUGUUAUGAGGCUCUGUCAGGCGGCAGCACGUCAGAGGGCUUUGAGGACUUUACAGGCGGCGUGACGGAAAUGUACGACCUGAAGAAAGUCCCCUCUGACCUCUACAACAUCAUGAGCAGAGCCAUAGAGAGAGGAUCACUGCUGGGCUGCUCCAUAGACAUCACCAGCUCCGUAGACAUGGAGGCUGUCACGUUUAAGAAGCUGGUGAAGGGACACGCGUACUCUGUGACCGGCGUUGACGAGCUCCAGAGAAUGGGACAAUGUGGAUGGCUCCGUCAGAAGUCGGCUACAAAACCGCAGCGAGGAUGGUGAAUUCUGGAUGUCGUUCAGUGACUUCUUGCGUGAGUUCAGCCGUCUGGAGCUUUGCAACCUGACGGCUGAUGCUCUGCAGAACACCCAGAUGAAGAAAUGGAGCUCCUCGCUCUAUCAGGGAGAGUGGAGGAGAGGCAGCACUGCUGGAGGCUGCAGGAACUUCCCAGCAACCUUUUGGCUCAACCCUCAGUUCAAGCUUGUGCUUCAGCACCCAGACACUCCCGGCCAAUCAGAUUGCAGCUUCCUGGUCGGGCUCAUGCAGAAAGACCGCAGGAAGAAACGGCGGGAGGGCCAAGACAUGGAGACCAUUGGAUUCGCCCUCUAUGAGGUUCCACAAGAGUUCAAGGGCAGGACAGGGGUCCACCUGAAGCGAGAGUUUUUCCUCACCCACGCCUCCAGCGCUCGCUCAGAGCUCUUCAUCAACCUGAGGGAGGUCAGCUCGCGGUUGCAGCUGCCGGCCGGAGAAUACAUCAUCGUCCCCUCCACCUUCGAGCCGCACAAAGAGGCCGACUUUGUCCUCAGGGUUUUCUCUGAGAAGCCCGCUGAGUCUGAGGAGCUUGAUGAUGACGUUAUAGCAGAUCUUCCAGCAGAGACUCGGCUGGAUGAGAGCCAGAUUGACGCAGGCUUCAAGAGUCUCUUCAGGCAGCUGGCAGGGCCGGACAUGGAGAUCAGCAUCACAGAGCUGCAAACCAUAUUGAACAGGAUCAUCAGCAAACAUAAAGACCUGAAAACAGAUGGCUUCACAAAAGAAGCUUGUCGCAGUAUGAUAAACCUCAUGGACACGGAUGGCAGUGGAAAGCUGGGCCUGACAGAGUUCCAUGUACUCUGGGAAAAGAUUAAACGAUACCUGACUAUAUUCAGGGAGUUCGACUUGGACAAAUCGGGCACCAUGAGCUCCUACGAGUUGAGGAUGGCCCUGGAUUCUGCAGGUUUCAAGCUGACCAACCACCUGUUCCAGCUAAUCAUCCUGCGCUACACGGAGGCCGACAUGACUGUCGACUUUGACAACUUUGUCACCUGUCUGAUCAGACUGGAGACCAUGUACAAAACCUUUCAGACCAUGGACACAGAUAAGGACAAAGUCAUAUCUCUCAACUUCUUUCAGUGGAUUACGCUGACCAUGUUUGCCUAGAGAUGAGUGGAGUCCUUUUUAACUGUUGCACUGCAUCCUGCUGCAGCUUCAGGCCCAGUAUGUUGUUGUUUCAGAAGUGCCUUUUUCUGCUCUGGUUCUUCCUCUCCUCCACGCAGCUCGCUGCUGAGGCCUUGCUGAUGCUAAAAGACUGUAAAUUCAUCUUUACAGUGCCUAUAUUGAAAACAUGUGCCAGUCCUUUAUUUGUCACCUGUUUUGCCAACAGAAAGGAACCUCACUUCUUGCAGCCUGGCAGUCAACUCUGUGGUAGCACUGACUGCGAGCAAGGCAGACCGCUUUAUAGCUGUGCAAACAUUUAUUUGAGGCAGAGCUACUCUGGGGGCAGAAAUAAACUUAUUGGUUAAAUUUCAGUGCCAGGAGCCAAAAACGUCUCACAUUUUUGUUAUGAUAUGUAGCUUGCUUGGUUGGGGGAAAAAAUUCAAUCUAGCCAUAGCUUAUAUUUCCCUCCAUAAGUUAUCUCCUUAGCCUAGCUGUCGUUCAUGUUUCAUCUUCAAGAUUCUAGCUUGUAGCUACCACGUUUUAUAAGACCAAACCUGACAUAUAAGAUUAUAAAUGAAUGGAUUUAGUAGUCAAAUACAUUGACGAAUUAACUAAUACACAUUUAAACACAUACAUUUGAUAAAGAAAUUGAGGAAAAAUAUGGAAUUUUACAUUGGUAACUGUCCUCUUUAGAGUUAGUUUAUGUUCCCUUAGCAUGAUUUGGCUGCCCAUCAUAGUAACAUAAUUCUUGACCUUGCCAGCCUGACCUGAUUUAUUUAACUUGAAUACUAAAAUCGUUCAUUAAUUGUACUUUUUCCUAAAAAGUCUGGUUUGGUUUUCCAUUUUGGCUGAGGUAGCCAAGCUAAGCUGAGUUCAUCUAAGCAAAGGGAAGAACAUUAAUUCCAUGUUUUUGCUGUCCAACAUGGACACUGUGGCACUGUUACACAACCAAUAUGAUUAUUUCUGUUCCAUUAAAUCUAUGUAGAACCAAACAUUUUCCCCUUUUAACCUAUUUAAGAAAUUUUAAGUCAGUUAGUGGUUUACUUUUUAAGGGUGUUUUUAUAUUGGGAAUUGGCUAUCGACUCUUUAUCGUAAAAUGUAUACAAGCACUAUACUGUAAGGGAUGAGUCUGCAUGACUACAUUCGUCUGCAAAGGGGAAAUAAUACUUUUGGACAGAUUUUUAAUUCAAUUGAAUUGAUAUGGGGAAAUACAAUCUGUGUCUAUUUUACUAAGAGUUACUGUACUUGAGGACAGCCUGACAAUCUGCAAAACACUCCUCAAAGAGCAUAUUUUAAGAAAUUUUUUUUUGAAGUGGAGCCUUCUGUCAGUUAUCAAAGUCUCAGUGCCAGAUGUGGUCGAUGUGGAGAGCUGUUGAGUGUGCCAGCUUAUUCUUUAGCUUCUACUCUUUACUACAUUCAUAUGUGCUGAAUGUGCAUCAUGUGUAUCUCUACUCAGCCUUUGUAGGGACGCUGCCGGCCUGGCACUUUCCAUUUACAUCUUGUGCCAAAAUUGCUUUCACUUUUCAAGGGUCCACUCAUGAAGCUUCACUGGGCCCUGCAGUGCAGAGACAAUAGUGUGCUGUAUCAUGUAGAAUGUGUUGAGUUAUAUUUCCCUAAACUUAUUCUGUUUAGCUUUAAGACGUACCUGCUUAUCAUUAUGCAUGGCACAUAUGAAAAAAUACUUUUAUAUAAAUGUCUGAACUGGAUGUCAUGAGGGAUUUGUCCGCCUUGUUUAAUCUUAAUCUGCCACGUCAGUAUGUUAAGGUGAAGGUAAACUAUUAUGCAAGAUGUGUGGAUAUGUUGUAUGCAUGCAGUGUGAAAUGUGGUAUAUUGUCUGUUUCUGGGGAGCAAGUAUUUCAUUUGAUGAGUAUUCCAAAAUAAUGUCACUUUUGGAAAAAAAAAAGAAAAAGACUUGAAAGCCUUUAAUUAUGGAGUAUCUACAAUUCAAGUGUUUUAAAUACCCCAAAUGUUUCUUCUACCAAUUUUUUUUUGUUUUUUUGUAAAUGGAAGAAUUUAAUUUGAAACAAUUCAUCAAAAAGCAACUGCCAAGCCCAUACAUUUAUAUGAUACUCCAACAAUGCCAGCAUUCUUGUCUUCAGUUUUUGCCGCGUAAUGCUUAUAUAACAUUACUUAAUGUUUACACAAGUAACAUUCUGAGUCUCUUUGGACCCAUUCAUCAUGCAGUACAGUGGUUUACUUUGUGGCGUCUCUGUAAAACUUCCAUACACACUUUGAAAAUAAACAUGGGGAUGUUUUCAUGA